CGCUCAACGCGCUUCAUUGGCGCCUACCCCGGAAGUGGAAGAAGGAGACCGAAGCGAGCCGGCGACGGUGGCCGGAAAAAAGGAUGGUGGCAACAGCGGGGGCCAGUCCCGGGCCGGGGCCGGGGCCGGGGGACGACUUGGUGCAAGACGUGAUUCCAUAUCGGAGGCGGUCGCGCCUGUUAUGGGGGACGGUGUUGCCCUUUUGCGUACUGUACCCGCUCUGGCUGUGGGUUUGGGGGGCAAGCGCCUCCGCCUGGGCUUGGGGGUCAGCCGCCGGCACCGAGAGCCCUGAAGCUGCGCUUCUUUUCCUCGCCGCCAUUGGGGUCGUCCACCUUCUCACGGCCUUAGCCGGCCUGUGGAGCGUCAACGUCCACUGCUUGCUCUACUGCUGUUGGGUGCGCAGUCCAAGGAAAGCUACUUUGGCUAAAGUUGUGCCAACUCCAAAUAAUGGCUCUGCAGAACUGGUACCACUCCACCGAGAUCAGGGAGAAGAUGGACAGGAGGUUCUUUCCUUUGAAUUUCAAAAAAUCAAAUACUUUUGUGAGCUAAGUGAAAGCAAAAAAUUCCUUCCUGUGGCAUUUCCUGUGGAGCACCCUCUGCAGUAUUAUCAGAAUGCACGUGGUUACCAGGAAGAUAAAGAAAUCAAAGCAGCAGAAAAAAAAUAUGGCACCAACAAGGCAGAAAUGGUUGUGCCAGAAUUCCUGGAACUCUUCAAAGAGAGAGCAACAGCUCCUUUCUUCGUCUUUCAGGUAUUCUGUGUGGGCCUGUGGUGCCUGGAUGAAUACUGGUACUAUAGUGUCUUCACUCUUUCCAUGCUGGUAGCUUUUGAAGCAUCCCUUGUCCAGCAGCAAAUGAGGAACAUGUCUGAGAUCCGAAAAAUGGGUAACAAACCCUACAUGAUCCAGGUUUACAGAAACAGGAAGUGGCGGCCAAUUUCCAGUGAUGAGAUAAUUCCAGGGGACAUUGUUUCAGUUGGCCGUUCUCCCCAUGAGAACCUUGUACCGUGCGACAUGUUGCUGCUGCGAGGAAGGUGUAUUGUAGACGAAGCCAUGUUGACUGGAGAGUCGGUCCCUCAAAUGAAGGAGCCCGUUGAGGAUUUGGAUCCUGAUCAUGUCCUGGAUAUGCAAGCGGAUUCCAGGUUGCAUGUCAUUUUUGGGGGAACAAAAGUUGUGCAGCAUAUUCCACCACAAAAAGCCAGUACUGGCCUGAAACCUGUUGAUAAUGGGUGUGUGGCCUAUGUUCUGAGGACAGGCUUUAAUACUUCUCAGGGGAAGCUCCUACGUACAAUCCUCUUCGGGGUAAAAAGGGUAACAGCCAACAACUUGGAAACUUUCAUCUUCAUUCUUUUCCUCCUUGUCUUUGCCAUUGCUGCUGCAGCCUAUGUAUGGAUCGAAGGCACUAAAGACCCCAGCAGGAACCGUUACAAGCUCUUUCUGGAAUGUACUUUAAUACUAACCUCGGUUGUUCCCCCUGAACUUCCAAUUGAGCUUUCCUUAGCCGUCAACACCUCACUCAUUGCUCUUGCCAAAUUAUAUGUUUACUGCACAGAGCCAUUCCGCAUCCCCUUUGCCGGCAAGGUCCAUAUUUGCUGCUUUGAUAAAACUGGCACACUCACCAGUGACAACCUUGUGGUGAGAGGUGUGGCUGGGCUUAGAGAGGGGAAAGAAGUGAUCCCCGUGUCAGACAUUCCAGUUGAGACUCAUCGGGUCAUUGCCACAUGUCAUUCCUUGAUGCAGCUGGAUGAUGGGACACUGGUGGGUGACCCACUGGAGAAAGCCAUGCUUACUGCGGUGGAAUGGACUCUGACAAAAGGGAAGAUUACCGCUUGCAGUGUUGAACCCUUUCAGGAUUUCCCGAUCUCUUUGUUUCCAGAUGAGAAAGUUUUCCCCCGAAGUAUUAAAACUCAGGGACUGAAAAUUCACCAGCGCUUUCAUUUUGCCAGUGCUCUGAAAAGAAUGUCGGUCUUGGCUUCCUAUGAGAAAGUCGGUUCCACUGAACUGUGUUACAUUGCAACUGUGAAAGGGGCCCCGGAGAUGCUGCAUAAAAUGUUCUCUCAGUGCCCCAGUACCUAUGAUGCUAUUCACACAGAGAUAUCACGUGAGGGAGCCAGAGUUUUGGCCCUUGGCUACAAAGAAUUGGGGCACCUUACUCAUCAGCAAGCACGAGAAAUAAAGCGGGAGGCCCUGGAAUGUGACUUGAGGUUCACAGGCUUCAUUGUCGUUUCCUGCCCUCUUAAAGUCGACUCGAAGCCCGUUAUCCGUGAGAUCCUGAACGCUUCCCACCAUGUAGUGAUGAUAACAGGUGACAGCCCACUGACUGCUUGCCACGUGGCCCAGGAGCUGCACUUCACCCAAAAGGAGCAGACUCUCAUAUUGCAGCCAUCUCCUAGUAAAGGCUCCGAUUGGAGAUGGCAAUCCAUCAACGGCACUACUGUCCUCCCAGUUGCCCCAGACUCACUGCAGGAGCUGAUCAGCAACCACAAUCUGUGCAUCACAGGGGAGGGUCUUGCUCAUCUGCAGGCUACAGAGUCCCGGCUGCUGCUGAAACUCAUUCCACACAUCCAGGUCUUUGCACGUGUUGCACCCAAGCAGAAGGAAUUUGUGAUCACAACAUUGAAAGGACUUGGCUACGUGACUCUGAUGUGUGGGGAUGGCACUAAUGACGUGGGGGCUCUGAAGCAUGCUGAUGUGGGUGUGGCUCUACUAGCCAAUGCCCCGGAGCGAAUCCCCGAGCGUAGAAAAAAGCCUCGCGAUGGAGUGGCUGAUGGGAGACCUGCUACUUCCUCUUCUCUCGCUGGGAGCAACAUGAGGCCCACCUCCCGAGCUGCCAAACACAGGCUCAUGUCUCUUAGGGAGGAGCAGCUGGCUGUACAACGUCAGGAGAGGAUCAGCCAGGUGCUAAAAGAUUUGGAGGAGGAACAAAUACCCAUUGUGAAGUUGGGUGAUGCCAGUAUUGCAGCUCCGUUCACUUCUAAGCUUUCCUCUAUACAGUGCAUCUGCCACGUGAUCAAGCAGGGCCGUUGUACACUGGUCACCACGCUCCAGAUGUUCAAGAUCUUGGCACUGAAUGCGCUCAUCUUGGCCUAUAGCCAGAGUGUCCUUUAUUUGGAAGGUGUGAAAUUCAGUGAUUUCCAGGCUACACUGCAAGGCUUGCUCCUGGCCGGCUGCUUUCUUUUCAUCUCCCGAUCCAAGCCUCUGAAGACCCUCUCCCAAGAGCGUCCACUCCCUAAUAUCUUCAAUCUGUACACAGUUCUUACAGUGCUGCUACAAUUUAUGGUCCAUUUUGUCAGUCUGGUGUAUCUGUAUCGGGGUGCACAAGCCCGCAGUGAGACCAAGAAAGAAGACUUUGUGGAUCUCUAUAAGGAGUUUGAACCCAGUCUUGUGAAUAGCACUGUUUACAUCAUGUCCAUGGCCAUGCAGAUGGCUACAUUUGCCAUUAACUAUAAGGGCCACCCAUUCAUGGAAAGUCUAAGGGAAAACAAACCUCUGCUAUGGAGCAUCAUCAUUUCAGGAUUAGCAAUUGUCGCCCUUUUGACUGGCUCCUCCCCAGAGUUUAAUGAACAAUUUGGACUUGUGGAAAUCCCAACAGAGUUUAAACUAGUGAUCACUAAAGUACUGGUGGCCAACUUCUUCAUUGCUCUGCUCAUAGACAGGAUGCUGCAAUUCCUAUUAGGCAGCACAAAGCUCAAAGUGCCUUCUUGAGACUCAUUCUUCUCCCUUCGCAGAAGUGAAGUGAAGGACAGCCAGAAAGAGAUACCACCGAAAUACAGCACUACGGAAGGAAUAUUUAUUCUUUGAUAGCUGUUUUAUUCCAGUUUGGGACUGGCAAGCCAAUUUUUAUUGUGUUAAGUCUGGAAAGCACAGCAAAAGUUGUGCAAGGGCCUACAUUAAUCUUCACAAGUCUGCCAAACAGAGCAGCAGUUGUUAACCUUUGUACUGCCUCUUCACUCCUCCUAGAAAGGUUGGUCAUGAGAUUUGAUAAUAAAACGGCAAUCAGUGCAUUUUGGAACAAGGA